GCACUUUGGCUAUCACCUUCAUACCCAAUUCUCCACAAUGCAGAUUGGUGAAAUGCCCCCUGAGCCUGAGGGCUGGACUAUGCCAUUCCCUGACACCUAUGAUGAGUCAUACUCCAAGCCUAUUACCGAUGAAAUGGUUCUGGAACUGCAAGGAUCUGUCAAAGGCGAAGUUGUCACCCGAGAUGACCCAAAGUACCAUAAAUGUGUCUAUACUUUUAAUCGCGGCCUUAGGUCUCCAGCCCAGUUGGUCGUCAGACCUGUCGAUGCUGAGGAUGUGUCUGUGACGAUUCUUUUCUGCAAGAAGCAUGGAUUAUACCCCUCGGCCAAAGCAGGCGGCUAUGGAACCCAUGGCUGGAGUGUUGCUGGAGAUGUCGUCAUUGAUCUCGGAGGCAUGAGGGACAUGCACUUUGCAACAGAUCGCAUCACGAUUCGGGAAUGGGAAAAGGACGGAAAGUUAAAAGGCAAAGAAGUGCCUGUUGCGGCACCACUGGCCGGCUAUAGGCGUGACCGGAACGACAGCGAAGGCGAUGACGACGACGAAAGACGUCGACGACCCAAGAUGGCUCAAUCCACCGAAGUUCCAAAUGGUUCGGCGAUACCUCACGCGGACGGAGAAGUGCCUCAUCUCAACCACGUCACUGCAUCCGGCCAAGAUCUCAUCAGUAGAAUCCCCCCAUCUGCUUUGCGUAUGGGGAAUGGAUUUGGCUACGUGAACGAUUCCACCUCGAUUGCUCCUCUGAAUCAAGGACCGUUCAGGUUCGGAUCCUCAAACACUAACUUCGACGCGUUCAGUCUUUCUCAGGCUACAGGCCCGUUUAACCCCUAUGGCAUGCCCUCUGGCACCAGCUGGACCCUCUUCCCUUCGGAUCCGGAGCCUUCCAAUGGUGCAAGUCCUUUCAAUUUUGGUUCUUCGCCGUCUGGCCCAAGCGGUUCCUCUUCGUCGGCGUUGCACAUUGGCCCAUCGGUCACGCCAGCGACUAACAGCACGCCUUACCUGGGUCUAACCUAUCCUCAUCCGCAUGCAUAUAUCCUGGUAUCUCCCGGAGUCCCUCAGAAACACAUUGACAACUACACAGCAUCUCAGCAGCUCCCCGCGAUCACGAGCUCCGGCACUCGCGUCCUCGUUCCGUACCAUGCUCCUCUCGCGGCCCACCCUGUCGGAAGUGCUGUCCUUCUUCUGGCCGGUUUCGGGUUCCAAAGCCGCAUGCGCGGUCUCAGCUGUGACAGUCUCGUGGAGGUUGAAAUGGUUCUUGCCGACGGCCGCAUCGUCAUUGUCAAUGAGAACGAGAAUGCUAAUCUCUGGUGGGCAAUUCGUGGUUGCGGACCCGCUUUUGGUAUUGUCACGCGAUAUGUGAUCAAAGCAUACCCGAUUCCAAUUUGCUUCGCCGGGAAUCUUCUAUACAAAUUCAAUACCGCGACCACCCCUUCUCUCAUCUCGCAUUAUCGUGAUACGAUCAAGUCGUCGCCUCGUUCAUUGUAUGCCAAUGUUCUCCUCACCGCUGGUCCGCCAGGUCUGCCAGGCAUUGUUGUUAUUCAAAUUUGUUUCUUUGGACCUCGUUCUGAAGGACAGCCAAUUUUGGAUGCCAUUCUUUCGUGGCCCGGUGAAGCAUGCCUUCUGAACGAAGUUGCGGAGAAAUCAUUCCUCUCUCAACAAGACAGCGUUGAGCGCGUGCUUCGAUCAGCCGGUGGAGAGCACUACGCGGAAGGUGGGAUGGAAGGCCGCAGCUGGUUCCUUCGGAAUGCAAUGAUCUCUGGCUUGGGUGAUGAUGUCAUCAGCGAGACUGUUCGUCGUUUCGCUGAAACUACGGACGGAUGCACCUGGCUAUUCGAACUUGCCGGGGGAGUAUUACCAGACCUAUCUGAGGGCUGCAUCUCCCAAGCAACCCGAGAGGCUGCAUUCACUGUGGUCGCGUUCCAUAAGUGGCCUAGCUUCGGAGGCGACGAGGAUUGUAUCAAAACGGGUGAAGCGUGGAUUCAAGAUGUGAUGGGGCCCAUCGCGUCUGGUGGACCCCUUCCUAGCUUCGCUGAGCGUUGCGAGAAACUCGCUAGGAUUACAGCUACAUAUGGGGAGGAGAACUUCACGCGGCUCUGCAGGUUGAAGCAGGAGUAUGAUUCGACCGGAUUGUUCCGUCACACACUCUGGCCCCUUCGAAAGGACGGCAGGCCAGUCAUGGAUCCUUCCGAUGAAGGGCUGGAUAGGCCAUUCGAGGAAUUUCCUAGGGCGAGACAAAUCGUUUCUCUGGAAGCCUCCCCGGAGAGUGGAGACUCUGCAACCGGGACGGCUUGAAAACGUCAUCGUUCGUAUUUUCUUGGAUAUUUGGUUCAUUAACUGUCAGGGAUUGGUGUGCCCAACGUCUAUAUAUCCCUACAACACCAUCUUGAGCUUAGCAUAGGAUAUUCAAUACAUGACUUAAUGGUACAUUGCAUGAGCUUGGAGAGUAUAAGGGAUAGCGCUAGCAACUUGAUUGCGCGCUCUUAAGCAGAAAUGGGCAAGACAAAGCUCGCUAGAACCCAUCCUUCGUGCCCGCCUUCCGCUCGCGCAACAAGCAAACGAUCUUCCUGACCAUCGGUCCAUAACGGAAAGUCGCGGUAAUCAGUGGGUCGGCCACAUUCUUGUAUAACAGUGAUGAUAUCACCGACCCGCAGCGUAAGGAAGGGGAGACCGUGGAAAGUAUAGGGGGAAGUAGAGUAUCUCGGUGUUGGAAGGUGGAAUGCUGUGAUAGGCGAUGCCAAAAAGUGUACGCGUCGUGGCUGCGGCGGUGGUACGAACGCGGAGCCAGGAGGCGAUGAUGUUACACUUCCCGUUGUGCCUGACGAUCGCGGAGAUAGCCCGGGGUUGGAAGUUGCGGUGGAACUAGCUGACGUCUGCUUUGAAUGCUGACGAUAUGCAAUCAUUGUAUCCUUGACGGAUGUUUGUUGAGCUAGCAUUGGUUGCGGUUGUACCUCUGCGCCUCGAGAAGGCAUGGGAUAGAAAUUGUAAUGAGCGAGUUCCGCUUGGUCGGAUUGAGGCGCAGGGACCUGAUAAGAAUAUGAACUUGCCCAUGGAAGUUGUGCGUUUGCCAUGGGGGGCGUGGUCGGUGGGAGAGGCGGCGUCUGGGUUCUUUCAGGUGUGGUAGCACGAGAGCGGUUGAAUAUCCUUGUCAGUGAUUUGGUUGAGGCCGACGAUUUCAAUCGCUGGAGACCUUUCACUGCAGACAGGGACAUGGACUCUGCCCUGUCUGGUGUUUCUGGAGGUGAACGGUGGCCCUCAGCAUAUAGUAGCUUACGCUCCUGGUAGAGACCCGCCCAUUGUGCCUGUGGAUCGUCUGCGAGGUCUAUUUCUUGGACACCCACUGAGCGCAAAGCUUCAUCCAAUGGAAGUCCUCGCAACAUUCCAGACUCUACCGUGAAGGUUCCAGCACUGGCUUCGUCAAAGUUAUCCGACGGUGCGAGCGAAGAAGAGGCAGAUGGUCGACUGGUCAACUCCAAUGAUGGCGUGGAGGAGAUUGGAUCUCCGUUAGCCAGGUGCGGGAGAAUCUCUGACGACGACGAUUGAGUCGAUGGCUGCUUGUAAAAGGUAUCCGCGGAGUCUCGUGGCGACGAUGCAGACGGGGACUGGAAUGAGCCAUGUGAGAACGCCAAAUCGUCAAAAGUAAUACUGCGCGGAAACAUAUCUGCCCUUGAAGUGGAGUCAUCCCCUUGGACGAUGUGAAGACCAUAGAGCUGGGUAGUCAGCUCUGUAGCAUCCAUAGAUCUGGGUCUGGUUGUGACGACCGGAGGGGUCAUAGGCCUAGGCAGGGGCAGAGUUUCUCGAGGAGGCAGUGUGAAGUGGUUAUUGCGGACGAGAGCGGGCGUGGCUAGUUGGAUUUGUUCUUGUAAGGCUGGGUCCACCACAACGGUGUCUUCCUUGAGCCUUCCCUCGAGAUCUUGAAGCCAUUCUCCGCUCUCUUCUCCUAGAGCCUUUCCCCAUGCAAUACGAACACCCUCCCAGAGCUCGCACUGCCAUUUUGCAAACGCUUUGAUGCAGUACGUGUAUGCUCUUGAUGCCAGCUGUGCUAACUGAGGAAGGUCUGCCAGCAGCUGAGUGCUCACAGCGCCAGCUAUGGAAUCAGGCAAAGAUGAGCGCAAAGCUUGCAUCAGUAGACGAGGCGAAGAUAUGGUGACCAGCAGCUUGGUCAGCGCGGGAAUAAGUAGGGCUUGUACUCUGCUGUCUGUCAGCCUCCAUAUGCCCCCAAUGAUUUCCUCGACUGCACUUCGGGACCAGCGACCUCUUCCAUCGUGAGAUUCUCCUUCGAUCAUGCCGACACGCAUUGUGCGCUCAUUAGCAUCAGCCCAAAGGACGAGCUUGUCUGUCGCAGUCCGAAAUCCCCUGACCCAUUCCCGUGACUCGCCUGCGAACCGUCGAAUUGAUUUCUCCAUCGUUUCCAAGCGCUGGUCCCACAUUUCGAGAGCGGGGGGCAAAGGCACUCGAUUAGGCAAGCCCGACACUGACGUCGCCAAUUUGCGCUGACGAGCACUCUUCAAAAGGCUUCCGACUUCCUCCCAGUUUCGUUUUGCCUCGUUCACAUCGUUACACGCCUUCUCUGCAGCUCGCUUCGCCUCACGUAGUUGAAUCGUGCCCGGCAUCUCCCCAAGGCUUGCAUCGGCUAUCGCACUCAAGAGAAGAGGAUAUUUGAGGAUUCGCUGAACGGGCUUGAUAAGCAAUGAAGGCAGAUCCCACGCAUUCGUGAGGGGUGAAAUGAUAACGCGAGCGGUGGAGAGGUAUGAGGUGAUCGUAGGGGUAAUCGCCUGGAGGUGGCGUGCGGCCGCAUCGUGCUUAGCGAUGUAUACCUUGUAAUAAGGCAGCAUACGAGGUAUAUAGUCCAUCAUGAUCGAACCAACAGCAUAACCUUCUUGUGAGGGAUCACCAUGUAUCGCAACAUGCAGCAGUCUACACAACUCUUCGGAUAGUGCUGCCAACUUCUCUAUGUUCAGAAACACAGCAGCGAUAUCUUGGUCCGACAUUGGUUGCCUGUGCCGAGGCGGCGGGUUAUCAGGCUUGGCGGAUUGAUUCGUCAAUGAGGGACUGGAGCCCUUGCGCUUCAGAGAAGGUAUAAAAGACGAGGGUGAUAGGACCGAAGAUGUCUGGGCGCGGGAGAACGGAGGUGAGCUCAACGGGGGGCUUGUCGGUAUACCGCCUGCGGUUUUGGGACGUCCGCCGCUUGACGCUCGACCUCGAUUCUUCAAUGGCCUGGCUUUAGGCGUUGGCGGCCCUGUGGGUAGUGGGGCAGCCGCGAAGGGAUCCAUCGGAUCGCGAGCCAGCCUAACGUAUACCUCUCGCACCAGUGCGAGAUCAGACGCAU